GAUUUCGAUCUGUUCGAAGUUUGAAUUCUUAACUUUCUCUCUCCGGCGGCCUGAAUCGUGGUGGUCAUUCCGAUUCUUGGUUGGAAUAUUAAAGGUUAUAGUGAUAUAAUCACUCGUCUCUCAUUGACUUGAACUGAAUGUGCUUACGGGUGAUGGGAAUUUCCAUAUCUUACUCGUUUAGUUUUAGAUGCUGCUGUGGAUAUUGUUUUUAGAACCUUGCAACUGAUGAUCCAAAGAGACAUUACGAUGAAGGGAUACAUCAUAUAGAUGCAAAUGUUGGAUACUGUCUUGUACCAAAACCAAAUUAGGGGGCUUAUCAUAUUUUGGUGGGUGCUGGAAUGGACGGGUGUGAUGCAACAGAUGAUGAGAGGAUUUUGUGUUGAACUGAAAACAAGUCGUGAGGUAACUUGAUGCCAACUUUUGUUUUCUAUUCUUUGCCUCGUGUUUCACAUUCUGCUUUGAAUUAUAUAAUAUUGCUUAACAGAACUUUUGUUUGCAUGUGGUUUGUGUUUUUCAUUCAUUUUCUAUCAAUUUUUGUGCUUUUCUAUGGGCUUUCUGGUUUUCAUUUGCAUAUGCUAAGUUUCUGAAUUUUUGUAAGAUCUCUCAGCAUGUUGCAACCUUUGCAUUCUUUCUAAUAUUUUUUUAUAUUUAAAAUGCUAAACAGAUGUUAUGCUGUUGAGUCUGUUCUCUAUCAUGUACUGGAUGUUACAUUUCUUUCUGUAUGCUUGCUACAGCCUUCUUGUUACUGUUUUCGAAGUUAGUUUCAAUGACUUUCUCGUUUGUGCCAGUUGAAUUUGAAUGAUAGGUCCUAACUCAUAAGGCACAUUUGGUUGUCUUCAACAGCAUCUAAUUUAAUAAUAAUAAGUUUGAUUUUAACUUUUAUGGCUUAUGUUUACAGGUUCAAAAUUGUCUAUCUUUAAAUGCAGAUCCUUUUAAAUUUUAAGUACAAUAACUAAAAUUUAGCUCUUUAACUUUCUUCUAUUUUCUUAAUGGUUUAUUGAUUUUCUAUGUUUGAAGAAUUAAGCCUUAAUGAUUUCAUUAGGGAUUAUUCUAUUAGUCAAUUUGUUGUCUUUGGUUUCUUACUCACUUAUGAGUUUCAUUGGUUUGGUUUACUUAUGCCGUUCACCUGAGCUUAUGGAGAGAUGAACCAUGCGGAGCCACGUGUCCUUCAGUCCAAAGCAUUAGUGCUUGAGAUCUCCUUUUAUCUUUAUUUAUUUAUUUAUUUUGUUCUUUUAUAUUCUUUUAUCAUGAAUUGUAUAAUUCAACUUGUGGAUUGGAAUUUGCUCUGUAUUUAGUUUUAUACAAACUCAUCAGUUCACCACGCUCACACACAGCACUCAACAUGCGCAGUCAGCAAUGUCACUACAUGUGCAAAAUUCUAAUAAUCUAAGAGAUAACAU